AUGAGUGUCGUUGGUAGGUUGUUCCCUAUUCCUGCUGCUUCCACUUCUUCCCCCUCCGGUGUCGAUUUCGGAACCCUCAAGACGGUCAUUGCUGUCGCCCGCAACCGUGGCGUUGACGUUAUUUGCAAUGAGGUCUCCAACCGUGCCACCCCUUCCCUUGUCGGCUUCGGCCCCAAGUCGCGAUACCUCGGCGAGACUGCCAAGACGCAAGAAAUGUCCAACCUCAAGAACACUGUCGGCUCCCUGAAGCGCCUCGCCGGCCGCAGCUUCAACGACCCCGAUACCCAGAUCGAGCAGACGCACAUGACCGCUCCCCUCGUCGACAUGAACGGCCAGGUCGGCGCCGAGGUCAACUACCUUGGAAAGAAGGAGAAGUUCACCAACACCCAGCUCAUCGGCAUGUACCUGAGCAAGAUCAAGCAGACCACCGCUGCCGAGAUCAAGCUGCCCGUCUCUGACCUUGUCAUGAGUGUGCCCGCCUGGUUCACCGACAUCCAGCGUCGCGCUCUGAUCGACGCUGCCGAGAUUGCCGGCCUCAAGCUUCUCCGCCUCAUGAACGACACAACCGCUGCCGCUCUCGGCUGGGGUAUCACCAAGCUCGACCUCCCUGCGCCCGAGGAGGCUCCCCGCCGCGUCGCCUUCAUUGACAUUGGCCACAGCAACUACACCUGCUCCAUCAUCGAGUUCAAGAAGGGCGAGCUCGCCGUCAAGGCGACCACCUACGACCGCCACUUUGGCGGCCGCGACUUUGACAAGGCCAUUGUCGACCACCUGCAGAAGGAGUUCAAAGGCAAGUACGGCUGCGACAUCAACACCCACCCCAGGGCCUACGCUCGUACCGUUGCCGCUGCCGAGAAGUGCAAGAAGAUUCUGUCGGCGAACCAGCAGUCCCCUGUCAACGUCGAGUCCCUCAUGAACGACAUUGACGUUUCCGCCAUGAUCACGCGCCAGGAGUUCGAGGCCAUGGUUGAGCCUCUCCUGGCCCGCGUCCACGUUCCUCUUGAGCAGGCCCUCGCCGACGCCAAGCUGACCAAGGAUGACAUUGACGUGAUUGAGAUCCUCGGCGGCGGUUCCCGUGUGCCCGCCCUCAAGGAGAGGAUCCAGGAGUUCUUCGGCAAGACCCUGUCCUUCACCCUCAACCAGGACGAGGCCGUCGCCCGCGGUUGCGCUUUCAGCUGCGCCAUUCUGUCCCCCGUCUUCCGUGUCCGUGACUUCACCGUCCAGGACAUCAUGAGCUACCCCGUCGAGUUCGCCUGGGAGAAGGCUGCCGACAUUCCUGAUGAGGAGACGAGCCUGACAGUCUUUAACAGGGGCAACGUUCUGCCCUCGACCAAGAUCCUGACUUUCUACCGGAAACAGCCCUUCGAUCUCGAGGCCAGAUACGUCAAGCCCGAGCUUCUGCCCGGCAAGAUCAACCCAUGGAUCGGCCGCUUCUCCGUCAAGGGCGUCCAGGCCGACGGCAAGGACGACUUUAUGAUCUGCAAGCUCAAGGCCCGUGUCAACAUUCACGGUGUCCUCAAUGUCGAGAGCGGCUACUACGUCGAGGACCAGGAGGUCGAGGAGGAGAUCAAGGAGGAGGCCAAGGACGGCGAGAAGAAGGACCCUGAUCUAACCAAGACUUUUUCCGAUAAGGCCAUGGAGACGGACAACAAGGACGACGCCCCCAAGAAGACCCGCAAGGUCAAGAAGCAGGUCCGCAAGGGUGACCUCCCUAUUUCCACCGGCACCGCCUCGCUUCCCGAGUCCACCAAGGUUGCGCUCUUCGAGAAGGAGAACGCCAUGGUCAUGGAGGACAAGCUGGUGGCCGACACGGAGGAGAAGAAGAACGAGCUCGAGACCUACAUCUACGACCUCCGCAACAAGCUCGAUGACCAGUACGCCGAGCUUGCCACCGAGGAGGAGAAGAACAAGAUCAAGGAGAAGCUUGAGGCUAGCGAGGACUGGCUCUACGAUGAGGGUGACGACACGACCAAGGCCGUGUACAUUGCCAAGAUUGACGAGCUCCGCGCCAUGGCUGGACCCAUCAUGCAGCGCCAUUUCGAGAAGGUCGAGGCUGAGCGCCAGGCCGUUCAGGCCAAGAUUGACGCCGAGAAGGAGGCCAAGCGUGCUGCCGAUGAGGAGGCUCGCAAGGCCGCCGAGGCCGAGAAGGCCGCCAACGGCGGCAAGGACGAGGAGAUGACCGACGCCGCGGGCGAGGCGAAACCCGAUGUCGACGAGACUGGCGAGGCCUCCAAGUAA